AUGAAUACCAUAUAUUAUGCCAAAAAAGAACUCUCACUUGAUGAGUCCAUGGUGUUAUGGAGAGGCCGUCUCCAGUUUCGUCAAUACAUUCAAAAUAAACGCCAUAAAUAUGGAAUUAAAUUAUACAUGCUUACGGAACCUCAUGGCUUGGUAUUAAAAUUUGCCAUUUAUGUAGGAGUACUCGAUGACUUGGGAGGAAAAGGCCAUGCAGCUAAUGUGGUUUUGCAUUUAAUGUCCGAAAAGCUAAAUAACGGCCAUGCGUUAUACAUGGACAAUUUCUACAAUAGUUUUGAUUUAGCCUCCAAAUUGAUUGAAAARAAAACGUUUUGUACUGGAACAUUAAGAUUGAACAGAAAAAAUACACCACAGGAUGUUGUAGAGUCAAAAUUAAAAAAAGGUGAAACCGUUGCCAGAUACUUUCAAGGUGUUAUGAUUGGAAAGUGGAAAGAUAAGAGAGAUGUUGGUUAUAUUUCCACCGAAUUUAAAAAUAAUUUAAUUCUUACCAAAAACCGAAACGGUAAAGAACAAUUUAAACCUGAACCUAUCUCAAAUUAUAACCGUUUUAUGAGUGGAAUUGAUCGGCAAGACCAAAUGCAUAGCUAUUAUCCAUUUACUAGAAAAACAAUCCGUUGUGAACUUUUGCCCAAACAUCCAAAACCUAGAUCUUUUUCAGUAUCACAUACUAAUCAUUUCCCAAAAACUCACGAUGUUGGAAAAUCUGGAAGACCUAACAGAAAAAGAUGUCAUCUGUGUUAUUCUAAAGGGAUAAGAAAAGAUACAACAUACUUCUGUCCAAGCUGUCCGGAAAAACCCA